AUGUUAUCCAAACUGUUCUUGAGAAAUCCCCAAAUUUAUAUAUUACCAGGUGUUACUCCGAAAACCAUCGAAACUUGUUCUCGUUUUCUGCAAGACAAUCACGAAAAACAUCAUAUUUUUUUCAAUGAGGAUGGCUUUCAUAAUCAUACGACGCAUCAUCUCUUAGCCGCUCUAGGUCUUGGUGCUUCAUGCGAAACACUCGAACGUAUUUACGAACAAAAGAAGAAAAUUCUACAGCCGAUCCCUCCGCUUCACGAUCGAAAAGAUUUCGAUGCAAAGAAAUGUUUAGGAGAUGAAACUUAUUAUCCUGAUUAUGUCAAAUUUUUUACCGAAAAAUUGGAAAAUGAUAAAUAUCAAGGAAAUAUCCAAGCUUUGAUCGAAGAUUAUUUCUUUAAUGACGAUUACUUAACUUUAGCAUUGGGUGGUGCCUAUCAUUCACUCAUUCACCUUGGAUAUGCAUUGGAGUUUCAAUCGAAGUUAAUGGCCAUUGAAGGAUUAGCUAUGGCAGCCGUUGAUAGUGUCGGUGUUCAAGGUGUUUUAAAAUACAUGGACUAUGGUCACACUCCAGCAAAUCCUAAAACAGCAUUGGAAAUUGUUGAAUUAAUUACUAAAGAUCAACGAUUUGAUGAUAAGCUUUCUUAUAACGAUAAGGGAGUUAAACUUUCGAAACUUCUAGAACGUAAUGCUGGCCCAUUAGUUGCUGAAUAUGCACAGAUGUGGAAAUGUGAUGUGGACGAUCUUCGACGCGCUGAUAUUUUAGUCAUGGCUGCUGCUAUACGAGAAAAGAAAGAAGUCCAUUUGGAUUUUUUUCUUAUGCAUGCAACAACAAGUUCAUUAUUUUUAAACAUAUUCGUUCACGCAUUUCAAAAUCCGGAAAAUCAAACGAAAUUCUUAAAAGCAAAAUUUGCAGUUGAUCUUCUUCAAUUCGUUGCACGCGGACGGCCGAAACUAAAUGUGAACUAUUUACUUAAUGAACAUCAAAUUUCCAAAGAACAUCAAUAUGCUGAUGUAUCGAAUCCGUGGUUGCCUUUGAUUAAUAAGUGUUUGACACAUCACGAUGAACAUGUACCGAAAACAAUACGUGCUUUGGUUUAUGCUGAAAAGUUCGAUCAAGCACAAGGAAAAGAUCAAAUAUCGUAUUUGAAAAUUGCACAAGUAGUCAUGGACGCCUUGUUUCCAGAGAAGGACAAGGAUUGGGUUCACGAAGGUAUCGGCUGGGAAGAAUUUUGGAGUAAAGUCAAAGAUUUAUAG